AUGAAAUAUCAAGAGAGUUUGAAAGCAGAAGACAAUGCUUCCACAGUAAUGCAAUUUGUACUCCUGGGGUUUUCUGACCUUCCGCAGCUCCAAGGGUUACUCUUUGUGGUGUUCUCCAUCAUGUACAUGAUAAUCUUAAUUGGAAAUAGCCUCAUAAUAAUCAUAACCAGGCUGGACGUCGCAUUACAGAAACCCAUGUAUUUUUUCCUGGCAAAUUUUUCCUUUUUAGAAAUCUGUUACGUGUCCGUCACACUCCCUAGGAUUCUGGUGGACCUUUGGACUCAGGAUAGAAGCAUUUCUAUACUGGACUGUGCCACCCAAAUGUGCUUUGUCCUUAUGCUGGGAGCCACUGAAUGUUUCCUCCUGGUGGUGAUGGCCUAUGACCGCUACGUCGCCAUUUGUAACCCUCUGCACUAUCCUCUCCUCAUGAACCACAAGAUGUGUAUCCAACUAGCUGUUGGCUCCUGGAUCAUUGGAAUCCCAGUCCAGAUAGGACAGACAUGCCAGACUUUCUCUCUGCAUUUCUGCAAUUGCAAUCAAAUUAACCACUUCUUCUGUGACAUACCCCCCAUUCUCAAGCUAGCCUGUGGGGACACUUCUGUACAUGAGGUGACACUCUAUGUGCUAGCUAUCUUUAUCGUUGCAGUCCCUUUUGUGUUGAUUCUUGCCUCUUACAGCAAAAUCAUUUUCACCAUUCUGAGGUUGCCCACAGCCAGAGGACGGACCAAAGUCUUUUCCACAUGUUCUUCCCACCUGGUAGUUGUGCUUUUAUUCUUUGGAUCUGCUACCAUCACCUACCUACAGCCGAAAUCCAGUCAUUCUGCAGGAAUGGACAAACUGCUGUCUCUUUUCUAUACCAUAGUCACUCCCAUGUUUAAUCCCAUGAUAUACAGCCUUAGGAACAAGGAUGUUAUUGCAGCCCUGAGAAAAUUAUUACGUAAAAAACAAUGGGAUGAGUGUAAUUUUAAUUGUUUGUAA